AGCCAUCUUCCAUCCCCGUCGUCUAGAGAGAGCGGGAGAGAUGGCGUCGGUCGGCAUGGGAGGCUUCUAUCGCCAGAAGAAGAGAGGAGGAAUCGCCAAGCCCACCCUCAAGCGGAGUAGCACCGGCAAGUCCGCCGCCAUCGCCUUGUCCUUCACCGAUCCGGACCAAAGCCCCGUCCUCGGGGCUAUUGCGGAGCACGGGAAGACAGCGUCGGCGGUGGCAUUCGAGGAGGAGAGGCUGCGGCAGUUCGAUCUGGACAUGAGGUAUGGCCCCUGCCUGGGACUCAGCCGGAUGGAGCGGUGGGACCGGGCGGCCGCCAUGGGGCUGAACCCGCCGGGUGAUGUGGAAGCCAUCCUUCUGAAGUCGUCCGCCGCCGCUGCCGAUUGCCACUGGGAGGGACGAAUCUAAUAAUUAACGAGCAAGUAAAAGAGAAAAACCCUCUUUCAAGAAGAGAAGCAUGUUGUGAAGAACAAGUUUGGUACCCCUUGUGGUGAUACAGCCACUGGCUGUACUUCCUGUAGCUAUCUUUCAAAUGCAAUGAAGACUAUGAAUGGAAGUGAAGACUAUAUUUAUGCA